CUAAAGGGUAGCCCUGUUGAAGAAUCACAGCCAAAGCCAGUCUUGCCCCCGGGGCCAGAGGAACCCAUCUGCCUCUACCGACAACCAGAGCAAGGGAGGAGAGAAUCGCUCAGAGUUGGAGCGGCGCUGCGGGACAGUGGUCCUGACAGGUCAAGGCCCCUUCUCCUCGCGAACUAGGAGACAGGGAGCCCUUCUCCCUUGCCCAGUCUACCUGGCACCACGGCGCUGUGGAAGUGAAAUCCAAGCUCCAAGGUCAUCCUUUCCUAGGCUUGGAGCUGGAAAGCCACUGGGAUUCCGGUGACCCCUCAAGGCCCGGACUAGCCCGGCACCCGCCCCUCAACACUAACCCACUCCGCCUGGGCGCUGGUUCUGUGCGCUCCCGAGGCGCAAUCACUCCGCUGCAAGAGCGCUUUGGCUUAACGCCACCGCCCAGCGCCGGGACCAGCGCAGUUUUCGGGCACCGGCUUCCCGAGGGAAACUCCCCUCCACGCCCUGAGUCGAGGGGUGGAGAGAAGGGCGCCCGGGGAGCCCCCUGGGCCUGCCGUCAGUCACCCGGAUUUGUAAUUGACGAAGGGUGCGGGUCCCCGAGGGACACCUCCAGCUGGCACCUAACCUUUCGGAUCCCAGACUGGAGCCCGAGCUCCGACAUUCCAACGGAAUCCCCGUGGGCAAACCGACCCUGGUUCCCGACUCCGGCCACCAGCAGCCUCGCGCCCCAGACCCUCCCCGGGCACCGAAGCAGGUCAGGUCGCCCUGCUCAACCUCCCGGGCGGCGGCGGCACCAACCCCGGCGGCUCCCAGCAGCCCCGACGAGAUCCCGCGCAGCGCCUGCCUCCGGGUGGCCUCUCUCCGGGACUGACCCCCUCGCGCCCCCGCGCGUCCUCUGCAUUUCUGAGCCUGCUCUGACAGUGAUGUAACGAGGCCAGGCUCUCGCCGCGUCCCCUCUUUCCCAGACUCAGUGCUUCCUCCCCGCGCGCCCCGCGCUCUGCGCCCUGAGCUGGCGCCGGUCUCCGCUUGCACAGCACCGGGACCGACGGGCACCGCUAGGAGAGCCGCUUUCCCCCGUUCCACCUCCCGGAUGCAGAGUUCGUGGGGGAAACCAGGCUUUCCUCCCAGAACCAGGGAACGAGCCGAGAGGGCAUCUGCUUUAGAGGCUUCUGAGGAGACAGCCUGGCUUCUUUCCCUACUUCCUGGAGAGGGCAGGAAACCUCAGGUACCUGGUAACCCCAGCCGAACAGAGGAAGGCUGCUCCCUGGCCAGCAAGCAGCCCCCAACCUGGAUGGAGUGAAAGAUGCGGCCUGAUGACAUUAACCCGAGGACUGGGCUGGUGGUGGCCCUGGUCAGUGUCUUCCUGGUCUUCGGUUUCAUGUUCACCGUCUCUGGGAUGAAAGGGGAGACUUUGGGAAACAUCCCCCUCCUGGCCAUCGGGCCGGCCAUCUGCCUACCGGGCAUCGCGGCCAUUGCCCUGGCCAGGAAAACCGAGGGAUGCACCAAGUGGCCGGAGAACGAGCUGCUGUGGGUCCGCAAGUUGCCCUGCUUCCGGAAACCCAGGGACAAGGAGGUGGUGGAGCUGCUGAGGACCCCUUCAGACCUGGAGUCCGGCAAGGGGAGCUCAGAUGAGCUGGCUAAGAAGGCGGGCGUCAGGGGGAAGCCUCCCCAACAAGGCCAGGGUGAGGUGUCUGUGGCCAGCUCCAUCACCGCCCCCACACCCACGGAGGAAGGAGAAUGCCAGAGCCUGGUCCAGAGUGGGCAUCAGGAGGAGACGUCCAGAUACCUGGACGGCUACUGCCCCUCAGGGAGUUCCCUUGCCUACAGUGCCUUGGAUGUCAAAUGCUCAGCCUGGGACAGAUCUGAGUGCCCUGAGCCUGAGGACAGCAUCUUCUUUGUGCCCCAGGACAGUAUCAUCGUUUGCUCCUACAAGCAGAACAGCCCCUAUGACAGAUACUGUUGUUAUAUCAAUCAGAUACAAGGCAGGUGGGACCACGAGACCAUCGUCUAAUCUGUGCAUACAAAGAUCACUGGAUUGACAGAAACAUGACUAUGCCCAGCUCCCCAUGGAAGGAAAUUGCUCUGCUUGGAGAGCCUUCACACUGUUAGAAAUUGACCUGGUAUGUGAUGGGUGUGAUAACCUCCGGUGCCCGAGAGUCAUGUAAAUAGGCAUGUUAGGGACAUAUCCCCUUUAGGGAGGGGUGAUAAGGGUUAAGGACACUGGAAGAGGCAGUAGGUAGGAAAAGAAGCUACUCCAGUUGCUUCUUAACAAUUUACACAAUGUUGAAUGUUUUGUAAAAUAACCCAAAAAGUGCUAUCCAGGACCAGCUGAAAGCAAGAUAAAUCUAGAGUGGGCUGCAGAUGUGAGGCAUCAAACGAUGCGUGAGCUGUCCAUAGGGCAACUGAGCUGCUUUGUUUUUGAAGAAAUUGAAAAAAAAUUAAUGAUCUGUUACAAUUGAUCAUAAAUGAUCUGUGAUAAUCUGAAAUAAUUUUUGUCUGGCGAAAAGCUUAUCUUACUUGGUAUUUGCCGAAAGAAAAAAUCAAGAUAGAAGAGUUAAACCCUCUUUAGAUGGGAUGGCUUUGGGGAAAAGAGGAGUAAAAGACAGUUGGAUUAUGUAACUGAGUCUUGUGGCAUUAUUAUCAGACAAGAUCAUGGUUUCUAAUAAAGUAAAAUAAGUGUGACCAGCUAUGUGAAGAGUUAACAUAUUUACAUGGCUAUGUUACUUCUUAAACUCUUUGUUUAAAUUCAUUUAUUGUGUCUUUAUCUGAAAUGUUUUUUUUUUCAGAUUUUUACUAUCAUUCAUUAUUUACUAUCAUUCAUUUACUAUCAUUCAUUAUUAUUUCCUUACCAGGUGCAAAAUUACUUGAUAUGAUACUUUCAUAGAUUAGAAUUUGUUUUCAUCAAGAAAAAAUGAAUUUUACAUUGGCAGCCAUGUACUGAUAAUUACCAUUCCUAUAGACCUUUUAAAAUCUGACAACUAUAAAGUCUACACAUUAGCCCUGAACAUUGUGCAUAAUUUGUAUGAAAUGCAAUGAUUAAACCUUUGGAAGUGUCAUUAUUUGUAAAUUUGUUCAACUCCUCUCACAAAUAGUAAAUGCCAGUGAAACAAGAGCUAAUCUACUAAAUUUAACUGAAGCCUAGAUUUUAUUAAGUUAAUCUGAUCAGUGAACAAAGUCUGUUAAAAAAAAAAGUUUCUUUAUUUCAUACAUUUUUGCUGCUGAAGAAAACAACAAAUCACAGUGAUAUCCUAAAAUGUGCUUUCUAUUUCACUUGCUCAACUGCAAUAGACAAGAAGGCUACCAAGCAGAAUGCCAUUUGAUCCCUGGUAAAGAAAAAUAUUGAAUUAUAUAUAGGAAUGAUGAUAGAGUUCAUCUUGAAGAUCAGAAGUAUUCUGUAUCCUUCAAAGAAUAAUCAUUUUAAGUAAUCAUAAUCUUAGUCACUUUCUCCCAAAAGGGGAAUUGAGGACAAAAUUUGGACAUACUUUUUUUGGGUAUUUCAAUACCAACUCUGCAAUUCUUUAAGUAUAGCAAUUGUGUUCUGUCUUAAGAAUCAUGCUCUUAAAAAAAAUCAUAAUUUUCAAGUCAAGUUCAAGGUCAAAAAUAUGUAUUUUAGGAGGGCUUAAAUGUCAGAAAUGAUACGCAGGAUCUUGGGCAAAUUUUAUCUUCUUACACCUGAGUUUCUCACUCUGUGAAGCAAGGGGGAACUGAUUUACACUCAAUUAUUUCUAUCAUUCAUUUUCAGUUUAAAUAUUCUAUGGUAUUAUGUCAAAGGCACUUUAUAUAUUGCCAGGAAAUGAGUUACAGCAAAAUGCAUGCCAAAGUUAAGAAAUUUAUGAUAAUUAUGUGAAAUAGAUUGCAUUGCUACUAUUCAAAAAAGAAUUUUGUAGAUGUAUGAAACCAGAUGUUAUAUCACCAAAUAUUAUUUAUUCAAUACAACACAUUCCUGAGAAUACAUUAACAUAAUCAGAGUUUUUGAGGAGAAAAUUUAACAUGUUGGUAUAACUCAAAGUAAUCAAAUACAUAACCUUGCACUAAAUGUGAUUGACUUUGGAUUUGGGAUGGGAAGAGCUAGUUCCCUAAAAUCACAGUAACUUUUAAUAUACUUUGAAAACAGGAAAUCAUAUUUUUAUAAUGGUGACAACUAUUGGAUGACUCUUAGGAAUAAAAACUUUCUUUAAAAUGUUAGCCACUGUUAGAGGUGAGGAGAUAGUGAGACACAGAGGUUUUCACAGAGACUCAGCAAAUCUUACACAAUAAUACUGUAAUUUUCUGAAGAAAGAUGCCUGCAGAGUCAGGUAUGGUUUGGCGGUUGGAAAAGUUACUUUCUGACUUCUUGGAACCAUUUCAAACUUCUUCGUAUCAUUCUCUCUCUUUCCCAAUUGAGGGUCAACCACUAGUUUAGAGAUAAAAGGUAUUUUAGAGAUAAAAGGUUAUUUCAGAAAAAAACCUAUUUCAUGUUUCUUCUCCCAUCUACCUUCUUUAAGGCAUUUAAGUAUGCAUUUGAGGAAAUGUUUUCCUGUGCUAAAAUAAAGGUUUGCAAAUGUUGGUGUGAGAGGUUUUAACUUUGACCAGCGAGAAUAAAACGUAUGAUUCUGUGUGUGAAUUUCUCUUAACAUAUUAACAAACCCCUUUCUAUAUACAACAAGGUAGCCUGGUGCCCCAAAUCAGUACUUGUAAGUACUAUUCAGAGUAAAACUUCCAAAGUCUAAAAAAUACACACACAAAAAGGGUAAAACCCACAGUCUUUUGAACAGAGGUAGAAGAAAAAGAGAAAAAAAGUAUCUCAGCCCUUUAGAGGAAAAGACAGCAACUCAUUCCAAUGAGUUGGACAGUUUUAGCAAAUUGUUCAUAUUAAUAUAAUAGACAUUAGGAUUGUUCCUGGAAGCCUAGACAGAUAUAAAUUUAUGUAGGCAUUACUGUAUUUUGCUGUUAAUCCAAAUAGACCUUUCAACUUUAUUUUAAAUAGGCAUUUUAUUUUCAAAAUUUCUCUGUUGAAUUUCUCUUGCUCUAUAUACUACUUAUUGUGCACAUGGGUUAUUUUUCCAAACUGCUUCUUGAUUCUUAAGUGAGAAUUCAGACAAGAUACUCAAAUGAGAGCACAUUGGACAUAUGUUUAAAGAUUUAUUUUCUGUUGCAGUCAUCUGGGCAAACAAAAUCCAGAUACAGUUAAGUUCAGGCUCUCUUCCAAACCCUACUAAGCAGCUGCUUUGAAAAUGUUUUCAGUACUAUAGAUCUUAAUAUCCAUUGAGAUGACAAAUGUAGGAAAGGAACAUUCAUUCUUUCAAGUAUUUUUUCUCUUUUGCAAUGUCCAAUCUCUAGUUAUUUCUUAAUAGCCUCCCUCUGUACUCACAACAUCAUUUAUUUGGUGAAUUCACUAUUAUUAAUACUAGUAUUUUAUCAUAUUAAGGAAAAUGUCUCUGAAAACCUACAACCUCACUAUCCUAAAACAACUACUGUGUUUCUAUUUUGUAUAUUAUCUUCCAGGCCUCCUCCACAUGCAUAUGCAGUGUACAUAUUAUAAUAGUGUGUUUUUCUUUUCUCUUUUAAUUAUAUUCCAAGCAUGUUUCCAUGUUACUAUGUAGUAUUCCUGAUUAUCAAUGAACAAUUAUGCAAUUUUAGUGAUGUUCCAUAAUUUAUCAUGGCAUUCCUUAUUGCUGGUAAGAUAUUAAGUUUUAUGGAUGGCUUUGUAUGUUUUGAUCCUAUUGUUAGUUAUGCUGCUAUAUUAUUUGUUAUAUGCCAAUAGAGAGGAACUUUUACUGUUGAACAGCUAUCUCCUUGUGGAUGAGAGAGAGGCGGCAAAAAUGUGUAAACGAAUUGAACUCUCCACACCGUUGUGUGGGUCUUCCCUUCACUCAUGUGGAUAUAAGACCCAGGGUGGGAAACAAAACAAUGCUUCUUCAAAAAGGUUCUCCCAUCAGGACCAGAACUAGUAUGUUUAAGAGUAAGACAGAACAUUUUCCCAGCUAAGAACAGUGGUGUGUUUCUGAUGAUCAGAUAUGAUGGUGAUGUCAGUUCUCAAGAGCAUCACGUUCAACAAGCAAAAUGAUAACUAGAUGUAAACAAUAAUGACUUUGUAAUAUGCCAAAAGCAUUUUCUUAAAGUACCUCAUCAUAUAUUUUAUAAUAGACUGUAUUUCAUAUGUAUAUGUAUUGUCACCUAUCAGUGACUUACAAAUGAACUGGAAUUUCAGGAAUCUGAUAGACUCUGCCUGUGAGUUUUCUGUGUUUCAGUUUCUUACUGGGAAAAACUAAAAUGAGGAUGGAAAUGGGGACAAAUGCUUGGAUUGCCCAAAUAUCUCAAUAAAAGACUGGAUUCCAUUCAA